CUGUGUCCUAGAUCGAAUCUUUUGGAUGAGACACUUUCCAUAUUUUGGCGGGCCUUGACCGCUUUGACGGUUCCGAGUAAGACACACCCUCCACCAACUCACUCUUCCUUCCAAUAGCAACCGACCCUGGCUGUGUAUCAAGGAUUUGGUGAAAUGGCUGAUGUUGAGGUCAAACCUUCCUUUCCACGGGCCAGCCGAGAACGAAUCGAAGGGGGGUUUCUUCCAUGGUUUGAAUGAAACAUUACACUUUUUCUUCGCCGUGUUUCGGAAUCCCGGGCUAGCCCCAUGAGUACAUCAGCAUUCGACGAUAUAACACCCGCUACUGCUGUUCGUUCCUCGUGCCUGCAGCUGGUUGAAUACCACCCUCGGCCCUGACCCCGUGAAAGUGGACUCGGCAUUUGGCGCAAACCGGCGACUAACGGAAAUCAGAAUGGAUCCCUUUCGAUACCGCAAGGCAUAUGAGGCGAUGCUACACACCACCCAGCUCAUCGAGGAAAGACUGAAUCAAGAUGAUGAGCUUAACGGGGAGAACUCCGAACAAGAUGAAGCGCCAAAGAGUGCCUUCCAAGAGUACGACGAGGAUAGUAUGGACUGGACGCCUACUGAAUCUACGACUCCACCUCCAGAAUGCGGACCGCCACCUGCACUAUCCCAGAAGAUACGCCAUUUGUUACCUGGUGGUGGCGAGGGUGAUUAUCAAGCUAGAGAUCGAGGUGAAAAUACAGUGCUGCUGCACAAACUCAAGGAAGGGAUGAUUAUCGACAAGUGCAUUGACAAGCUUGUUCAAGACCUACCCGAUGUGUUGAACUAUGAGAAUUCUGUUUCAUUCACUCCAUCGACGAUUGAGGUGCCAAAAGACUUCGGCCUGCAGUUGAGCAUCUCCAUCAACCACCAUUUGGCUCAGGUCGCGGACCGCAAGGCGUUGGAAAAGUACAGAAGGUUACUCGGUCACCGCAAAGAUGCAGCAAAACGGAAAGCGUUUAAGCUUGGGUUCGACCCUAUUGACUUGAUUAAAAAACAAGCUGUGGCGUUUGCAGAAGACGCACCUACGCCAAUCUGCACGCUUGAAAAUGAUAUUCACUCAAUCUUCCGCCUGGACAACUGGCACGGUUGUCCAGAUGCCAUAUAUGAGGUACUAAGGCCUGGGUUACAGCUCGCAACUCUUCUCCUGACUUCACAGGCUACAGCUCAUUUCUGGCACACGCUAGUCUUUGGCAAGCGAGAAUCUUGCGAAGCAACUUCAAAAGCAUAUGGUCAGCAUUGUUUUCGCAUCAAAGAGGAUGUGCCCUGGUCAGAGGAACACCAUACGACUUUCAAGAGCUUCUUGAACAACCAGGUUGACACUGUUCACUUUUACUUUCAUCACGACCCGUUACCACCAGAGACGGCUUACGCCUCGAUGGGUCUAGUGAAGGACUAUAAGAAUGGUCUAUUGCGGAAGAUCAACCACAAAUGUCAUACAAGCCGUAUUUGUCUGCAUUCUGACUUUUACACGACUGCCAAGAAGCUUAGCCUGCUAAAAUUCCGAGAACCAGCUAUGGUGUUGCGAUUCAACAUGUUCCUUGCCACUUGUAUUACACACGAGAUUGCGCACUUCUGCGAGGUAUCAGGCCCGCACCACGACCAUCCUUUACUGUCGGAGCCAGAGGUUUUCUUCGGAGAAAACAUGUGGACCGAGAGUGGAAUCGCCUUUGAGACCAAGAUAUUUGGCGGGCGCAUACAUCCUCUUUCUAGCCGAAUCGAUUGCAAGUUCGGGCUAGCUUGUCUCGACUACCCACUGAAGGAACUCUACGACAAAGACGACAAUGUCUUGUACGCCCUACCAAUGGAUUACAUCUUGAAGCUGCAGCAAAAGGAGACGUGGGAGCGGGAUUUUAGCGAUGCAAAAGCUGAUAUUUUUCAUGUCCCUCGAACUGGUGGUCGAUCGAUUGAAAUCAACGGAACAAAUCUGAUGAUCUGGGAAGAUGAGAGCGACGCAGAUAUUUCGGAUCAUAUCGACAAUCAAGACACGGAAUGGAAACGCAUGGAUGAUGGCUCCAUCUCGAGAAACCCAAAAGGUAACAAUCGCAAGCCUCAGCGGCAGCCGAUAGUACCACGCUGGACUCCAUACGGUCAUAAAAAGAAGAACACGGUGGAUGAUGGAGCUUCAUGUGUGUCCACAGAGGUGGCCGACGAAGUGAGUGAUAACUACAAGGAGGAAACAAAGCUAGAAAUUCCAAAGGACACUGAAGGAGGCAAGGGUGGAUCGGAUCAGGAUAUGCUUUGAUGUAGAUGUUGAGGGCUUCAGUGAAAGAAAAGGUGGGUCUGCUGCAUUUGUAUCUCACAAGGGCAUUUGAAAAAUUACUGCAUCUGGCGGAUGGCGUUGUUGCAUUGCAUUGCCAUUAAAAUGAUCGUUCAAUUGAGAAGAGCAGCUUUAUGUUCCUUCAUGCCCCGUCUAAAGCCCUGUUCGCCAAAGCAUCUGCUUCCCUAUUCAUCUCCCUCGGUAUGUGCCAGAACUGCACCUCCCUACCCCCGCCUUCAUCACUAUACUCCAUAUAAUCCAGCUUGUCAUGCAACUGCUUUAGGACCUCGAAGUGCGCGACGCGCGUUCCCCUAGACCCGACACCCUCGUUCUCAAUCCACUGCUCCAUCCACUUGCUCAUAGAGUCCACUAGGAAACUCGAAUCCGUAGCGAGCUUGAUCUCUGAUAGCUUGAAGUCCCGAUCCGUGACUUCGCUGAUAAUCUUGAGCGCCUGACUGA